AGAACCACCCAAACUUUGUAAACCGCCCAAUCAAGCUGCGCUGUUGGAACUAGAUCCCUCCCAUACUCACCACCUGAGAGCAAAGAAACACAGCUGUGCCUCAGAGACUCAAAAGACUGAGGAAGAAAGAGAGAAGGAACCAAAGAGCUGGUGAGAGCAAGAGUUAGGACUGUGAAGGCUGUUAAACACGUUGGACAAAGGAAAAACAGAAGACAUGUAAGACGUGAAAAAGCUUUUGGAAACUUGAACAAGAAUGUAGACAAGAGUCUCUGGAGAGAAGAAUCGGAAUCCUCUGAAGAUCUUUGAAUCUGUAACAAGACUAUGAGCUCACUGUUGCUGGAUUGAAUGAACUCAACAUAAAGAGAAGAUACCAUAAGAGGAAACUGGACACCAAAAUGUGGACAAAAGGAAAAAGACAUUGAAGACAAGUUUUUGAACUGCUUGUCUUUGAAAAAAACAUUUUUGUUUUGUUUUUUUGCUAUGGGAUUUACUGUUGAACCAUGUAGCAUAUGUUUGCAAGCUCUGAAGAGGGCAUAAUUUAAGUAUUGACUUCGGGGAGCAGAUUGAUUUUCAGCACCUUGUGUUGCUGACGAUACAGACAUGUCUGCAGAAGAUGCAAGGUGCAGUAGCCUUAAAGCUAGAAGUGAUACCUUAGAUCUCAGUGAGGUCCAUUCUCCGCAGAAAGGCUCAGACCAGGUAGUUCCCAACCAGAACCAAAGCCAGGAUGGGAUCGUCCUGGAUCGUAUUGCCUCUCUGUCAAUGGACACAUUUGACCCCAGUGACUUCAAAGGGAGAUUUUCAAAGAUCCGGUCUAGAUCCAGAAACAGAAAAGGGAUCCUACCAGCCUCUCCAGGGGGACUAAAGCAGACAACCCCGCAAGCCAACGCACCAUUGGGAGAGAGGAAGGGUCCAGUCGCUAUGGCGCCUGUCAACGUAGACCCUGAGAGCAAGCCGGGCGAGUUUGUCCUAAAAAGCUUGUUUGCGAACUUCACCUUGCUCUCUGAACGCAAGAUUCGCAUCAUCAUGGCCGAGCCGCUGGAGAAGCCACUUAACAAAUCCCUGCAGAGGGGAGAGGACCCACAAUUUGAUCAGCUGAUCAGCACCAUGAGCUCCCUGGCAGAGUACUGCCUGCCUUCCAUCCUCAAGACUCUUUUUGACUGGUACAAGAGGCAGAACGGCCUGGAAGAUGAGUCCCACGAAUACAGACCCAGAGCCAACACAAAGUCCAAAAAUGAUGAACAACAGAAGGACUAUUUACUGGAGCGGAGGGAUCUGGCAAUAGACUUCAUCUUUUCUCUUGUGCUUAUUGAAGUCCUGAAACAGAUCCCUCUCCAUCCUCUGUUGGAUGGUCUUAUCCAAGAGGUUGUCAACCUUGCCUUCAAGCACUUCAAAUAUAAGGAAGGGUAUCUGGGGCCGAACACUGGUAACAUGCACAUAGUGGCUGAUCUCUAUGCAGAAGUAGUGGGUGUCGUUGCUCAGUCAAGGUUCCCAGCAGUGAGGAAGAAGUUCAUCUCUGAGCUCAAGGAGCUGAGACAAAAGGAGCAGAGCCCGUACGUCAUUCAGUCCACAAUCAGCCUCAUUAUGGGGCUCAAAUUUUUCCGCAUCAAAAUGUACCCAGUGGAGGACUUUGAGGCUUCUUUCCAGUUCAUGCAGGAGUGUGCACAGUAUUUCCUGGAAGUGAAGGAUAAAGACAUCAAGCACUCAUUAGCUGGACUCUUUGUGGAAAUACUUGUACCUGUUGCUGCUACUGUAAAGAACGAGGUGAAUGUUCCAUGUUUACGAAAUUUUGUGGAGAGUUUAUACGAUACCACUCUGGACCUGUCCUCCAGGAAGAAGCACUCUCUGGCUCUGUAUCCGCUGGUGACAUGCCUGCUGUGCGUCAGUCAGAAGCAGUUCUUCCUCAGCCGCUGGCAUAUUUUCUUGAACAACUGCCUCUCAAACCUCAAGAAUAGAGACCCCAAAAUGGCCCGUGUGGCGCUAGAGUCUCUGUACCGCUUGCUGUGGGUCUACAUGAUCCGGAUAAAGUGUGAGAGCAACACUGCAACACAGAGCCGUCUGACGUCCAUCACCUCUACAUUGUUUCCUAAAGGGAGCCGUAGUGUCGUACCAAGGGACAUGCCUCUCAAUAUUUUUGUCAAGAUUAUCCAGUUUAUUGCUCAGGAGAGACUGGAUUUUGCCAUGAAGGAGAUCAUUUUUGACCUUUUGAGUGUUGGGAAACCUGCCAAAGCCUUCAGUCUGAACCCAGAGCGUAUGAACAUCGGUCUGCGUGCGUUCCUGGUCAUAGCAGACGCUCUGCAGCAGAAGGACGGAGAGCCCCCGAUGCCAAACACAGGAGCAACUCUGCCCUCUGGGAACUCCUUAAAGAAGAAGAAAACCUACCUCAGCAAAACACUCACUGAGGAGGAAGCCAAGCUAAUAGGGAUGUCUCUGUACUACUCUCAGGUGCGGAAAUCUCUGGACAACAUCCUCAGACACCUGGACAAGGAGGUUGGUCGUUGCAUGAUGCUCACCAGUGUCCAGAUGCUCAACAAAGAGCCAGAGGACAUGAUCACCGGCGAGAGAAAGCCUAAAAUCGACCUGUUUAGGACAUGCGUGGCGGCCAUUCCUCGUAUCCUUCCUGACAGCAUGUCCAAACCAGAACUCAUUGACCUACUUUCUCGACUUACGGUGCAUAUGGACGAUGAACUGCGUCUCAUUUCUCAGAACUCUCUGCAGAGCCUGUUACUGGAUUUCUCUGACUGGCGGGAAGAUGUUCUGUUUGGUUACACUCAUUUCCUUUUACGUGAGGUCCAAGACACCCAUCAGGGUCUGCAAGAUGCAUCUGUCAAGCUCCUCCUGCAGCUGCUCACACAGUGGAGGUUAGCUCUGCAGCUUCAGGGGAAGAUGCGAGGAGGAGCUGAUACCAGCCCCAGACUCCCAGAGCGCAGCCCUCAUUGCUCGGUGCUCCAUGCGGUGGAGGGUCUGGCUCUGCUGCUCCUCUGCUCGUGUCAGAUCAGCACGAGGAAGCUCGCUGUUGGCGUUUUAAGAGAAAUACGCUGCCUGUUUACAGCUCUGGGACAUGCUGAGGAUGAUGACAAACCCAUGGUGGAGGUCAUGGACCAGCUGAGCCCAGCUGUAUUGAACAGCUUUGUUCACGUGGCUCACUCUGACUCGUCAUUGCCGCUCAGUCACCACGUUGACCUCCAGUGGCUCGUGGAGUGGUCGGCUCGGCUGGUGAGCAGUUCCUACGACGUGAAGAGCCCCAGCUAUGUCUGGAUCUUCGCACAGUGUGUGAAGGACCCGUGGGUGCUCUGUCUGCACAUCUUCCUGCGACAGGAGCAUCUGCCCAAACACUGCUCCACCGCACUGGGAUACGCCUGGCCCUACGUUUUCACACGGCUACAGCUGCUCCUGCCACUAGUUGACCCCAAUCCGGUUAAUGCAAAGAAGACCAGCACCGCAGCCUCCAGCGACAGCUACAUUUCAUUGUGGCGGAAUUACUUGAUCCUGUGUCUGGGCGUGGCCAAACCUAGCAUUAUGUCACCAGGACACCUGAGGGCUUCCACACCUGAGAUCACUGCCACCACCCCUGAUGGCAGCGUUACUUAUGACAACAAGGUUAUAGGAACUCCCUCGGUGGCCUUGUUAUUAAAACAACUCGUCCCACUGAUGAGAGCCGAGAGUCUGGAGAUCACAGAGUCUCUGGUGUUGGGGUUCGGAUGCACAAACGCUCUGGUCUUCAGGGAGCUCGUUGAAGAGCUGCAUCCACUGAUGAAGGAAGCUCUGGAGCGUAGACCUGAGAAUAAAAAACGUAGAGAGAGGCGGGAUCUCCUCAGACUGCAGCUGCUGAGGAUCUUUGAGCUGCUGGCCAGCGCAGGAGUCAUCAGUGACAGCACUAAUGGGGCUCUGGAGCGUGAUUCCUUGGCACUAGGGGCGCUGUUCCUGGAGUAUGUUGAUCUAACCCGGAUGCUUCUGGAAGCAGAAAAUGAGAAAGAGCUGGAUGUCCUUAAAGAUAUCAGAGCUCAUUUUAGUGGGAUGGUGGCUAAUCUCAUCCAGUGUAUUCCAGUCCACCACAGGCGCUUCCUGUUCCCUCAGCAAUCACUGAGACAUCAUCUCUUCAUCCUCUUCAGCCAGUGGGCCGGACCCUUCAGCGUAAUGUUUACUCCCCUCGAUCGUUACAGCGAUCGCAAUCACCAGAUCACUCGCUAUCAGUACUGUGCCCUUAAGGCCAUGUCAGCAGUUCUCUGUUGCGGUCCAGUUUUUGACAAUGUGGGUCUGUCCACUGAUGGAUAUCUCUACAAAUGGCUGGACAACAUCCUGGCCUGUCACGACCUACGGGUGCACCGUCUGGGGUGUGAAGUGGUCAUCCUGCUUUUAGAACUCAACCCAGACCAAGUUAAUCUCUUCAACUGGGCUGUGGAUCGCUGUUUCACAGGAUCGCACCAACUGGCAUCUGGCUGCUUCAAGGCCAUCGCCACGGUCUGCGGCAACAGGAAUUAUCCAUUUGACCUGGUGACUUUGCUCAAUCUUGUGCUGUUUAAGGCCUCAGACAGCAACAGGGAAAUAUAUGAAAUCUCCAUGCAGCUCAUGCAGGUGCUGGAGUCCCGGCUUUCUGCAUACUCUAAGAGGAUGGUGGAGCAGAAGCCCAGUAAUAUUUUGUAUGGAACGCACGGCCCCCUACCUCCACUGUACAGUGUCAACCUGUCUCAGCUCUCCAUCCAACUUGCCAGCAUGUACCCAGAGCUCACACUACCUCUGUUCUCAGAGGUGAGUCAACGUUUCCCCACUACACAUCCUAAUGGCAGACAGAUCAUGCUGUCCUACCUGCUGCCAUGGCUUAGUAACAUUGAGCUGGUGGACACGGGGCUUCUGCCCCCAGCUUCAAGCCCUUGCACACCUGAGGAAGAUUCACGGAGUCAGACUCAGGGCAUGACCCCCAGUCUAAGGGGAAACGGCUGGGGAUCGUUGCAGGCAACCUCGCUCGUGCUCAACAACCUCAUGUUCAUGACUGCUAAGUAUGGAGACGAGGUUCCUGGACCUGAGAUAGAGAAUGCCUGGAAUGCUCUUGUUUCCAACGAAAGGUGGAGCAACAACCUGAGAAUCACCCUGCAGUUCCUUAUCAGUCUGUGUGGCGUCAGCAGCGAUACGACGUUACUACCUUAUAUUAAAAAGGUGGUGAUCUACUUGUGUCGAAACAACACCAUUCAGACUAUGGAAGAGCUUCUGUUUGAGCUGCAGCAGACUGAUCCCGUCAAUCCUGUUGUUCUGCACUGUGACAACCCCCCAUUCUAUCGCUUUGCUGCCAGCAGCAAAGCCUCAACCUCACAGACAGGCACCACUUCCAGCAGCAACACUGUGGUGGCCGGUCUAGAGAACCUACCAGACACAGAUGAAAAUAAGCUGGUCAGAGAGAAUGAGGAGCGCAGGGCGAGGGCUCACAACAGGCUGGAGUCCCGCUAUAGCAACAGCUCUGGAGGCUCCUACGAGGAUGAAAAGACUGAUCCUCUGCCGCCGUACGCUGGUUGGCUGCUCGGUGUUUUAGAGACCAACCGUCCUCAGCCGUUACCGAUGCCUGUUAAUGGAGGCUGCUGGGCCCCUCUGGUCGACUACCUUCCAGAGACCAUCACUCCCAGAGGGCCUCUGCAUAGGUGUAAUAUUGCCGUGAUCUUUAUGACUGAAAUGGUGGUGGACCACAGCGUGAGAGAAGACUGGGCUUUACACCUGCCUCUCUUACUUCAUGCCCUCUUCUUAGGUCUUGACCACUACAGACCAGAGGUCUAUGAACACAGCAAACGCCUCCUUCUUCACCUCCUUAUUGCUCUCUCCUGUAACAACAACUUCCAGGUAAUAGCAUCAGUGCUGAUGCUGACAAGGGAAAUCACAGACAAUAAGACUCUUACCAUAAAGUCCAGCUACCACUCAGAGUAUCAGCAGUCACAAGCACCUGACUUCCUGCGUGAGUGGCAGACGUCUCCCGUGGUGGACUCCGGACUCAGCUCUACCUCCAACUCCUCUUCUGCCAGUCUGGGCGGUGGAAGCACCGGAGGCAGCGUUGGAAAUUUGCCACUCGUAACCCCCAAUGACCUGGAAGACCUGGAAGAUGCCCCCAAUGAGACGGACGAGAAGACAAACAAGCUCAUCGAGUUCCUCUCCACCAGUGCCUGGAGUACUGUGUUGUUCUUGCUCAGAGCUUUCGGGCCGUUGUGGGCGCAUGAGGAUAUCACUCCUAAGAACCCCAACUCAAAGAGCACGGAACAACUUUCCAACUUCCUACGACAUGUAGUCUCUGUCUUCAAGGAGUCCAAAUCUGAUUUCCACCUGGAGCAGCAGCUGAGUGAUGUGGCGUUACAGACGGCUCUGUGCAGCUCGUCGCGUCACUACGCUGGCCGCUCCUUCCAGAUCUUUAGGGCCCUCAAACAGCCAAUCAAUAACCACGCCGUCUCCGACCUGGUUUCACGUCUCGUCGAGGUGGUGGGAGAGCAUGGUGACGAGGUUCAGGGCUAUGUGAUGGAGGUCCUGUUGACUCUGGAGGCUGUGGUGGUGAACCUGGCAGAAUGUCUGAAGAAUAGUGACCUUAUGGCAGCUCUCACAAGGACGUCCUCUCCAGACUUUGUGACUAGUGACAAGCUGAUGAACAGGAAGAGCACGGGUCAGCUGAACUUCCCUGGGCCUGGGUUCGCCGGGCUCUCGUCGCAGCGCCACCAACGCUCCUAUUCUGUCCCCAAGAAAUUCGGCGAGUGUGGUAACCCGUCGACUGAUCCCCCCCGCAGUGCGACUUUGGAUCGUAUACAGGCUUGCAACAGUCAUGGUCUGUUGUCCAGAGUAGCGAGAACCCCGGGGUCUUGCACAUCUUCGACCAAUCGCAUUGAUCCUAGCGCCCUAUCGGAUCCCUCACACGUCUCCCAUCCCUCAUCCAUCCUGGCUACCGUAUUCUGGGUGGCCGUGUCCCUCAUGGAGUCUGACUUUGAGUUUGAAUACCAGAUGUCUCUUCGACUUGUUCACAAGCUGCUGUCUAAGGUGCCCCUCGACAGAGCAGAAAACCGGGAGCGACUGGAGAAGCUGCAGGCUCAGUUGAGAUGGAGUGGAUUUUCUGGGAUUCAGCAGCUGUUGUUGAAAGGUUUUACCUCCCAGACUACGUUUGACCUGACUUUACAGCUGUUCUGCCAACUUACGCCGGUCUCAAGAGUUCCUGUUGUUGAUAGCUCGCAGUCUAUAGGUUUUCCCCUCAACGUGCUGUGUCUGUUGCCUCACCUCGUGCAGAACUUUGGCCAUCCAACACAGUUCUGUAAGGAGAGCGCUGAGAGGAUUGCACAGGUGUGUCUGGAGGAGAAAAACACCAAGCUGUCCCAUCUGGCACAUGUAAUGACUCUCUAUAAGACCAGAUCCUACACACGGGACCCCUUCUCCUGGGUCAGUGUGGUCUGCCGCUACCUCCACGAGGCUUUCUCUGAUAUUACACUCAACAUGGUCACCUAUAUGGCUGAGCUGCUGGAUAAGGGCAUCCCCGGCAUGCAGCUGCCUCUCCUUCAGAUCAUCUACUGUCUGCUCAGUCACAUGGACCUCACAGCUGUUCAAGUCAAACAGUUCAACGGUGACGUCAUGAAGACGAUCGAAAAGUUUGUCCAUACCGUACACUGGAAGGAUGCUUUAAACAUCUUAAAGCUGGUGGUGUCACGUUCUGCCAGUCUAGUACAUCCGUCAUACAUCCACACACAGGGAGAUCUUUCCAACCUGGAGGUGAGCAGAGUAUGGGACGGUUCAGCUAAGGCUCUGCCGGGGAAAACCCUAGAUUUCACCUUUGACAUCUCUGAGACACCAGUUAUCGGGCGUCGCUUUGAUGGGCUUCAGGGUUCAGGGGGCAGAGAGGGGAAGGCCAGAGCGAUGGCUGUGACACGAAGCACCUCCUCCACCUCCUCCGGAUCAAACUCCAACACCAUCCUGGUGCCUGUCAGCUGGAGGCGCCCACAGUCAUCCCAGAAAAGAACCAGAGAGAAGCUGGUGAACGUCUUGUCUCUGUGUGGACAAGAAGUGGGACUUACCAAGAACCCAUCGGUGAUUUUCUCCUCCUGUGGUGACCUGGACAUGAUGGAGGUGCGGGAGAGCGGGGUUUCGUCGGAGGAAGGCGGCACGAGGGAGGACACUUUGGAUGACACCGCCAGCGAACAGCAGUUUAGAGUUUUCAGGGACUUUGACUUCCUGGAUGUGGAGCUGGAAGACGGGGAGGAGCUCCAGGGAGAGACUGUUGAUAACUUUAAUUGGGGCGUGCGACGACGCUCUCUGGACAGCACCGAACUGGGCGACCUGUUGGAGGAAAGCCAGCACUCAGGCAGCACCCCAAGUUUGGGUCAUGAAGACCCCCAUGACUCAGACGAGUCCUCAGAGGAGGAGGAGUCCUCAACCAGCCAGAGUCUCUCCCACUCCCAGCUUACUAACCCUUCUCCAUCAGAGGAAACCAACCACACAGAUUCUCUAUCUACAUCAUACGACAUAUCAGCUGACCCCCAGUCCAUGAACGCAUCAACCCCGGGUCAAGGAGUCCUUGGCGACGAUCACCGUGGACUACAUGGUCGGCCGUGUGGUGAGGACGAGGACACUCAGGUUCAGGAUGACGAACUGUCUCUGAGCGCACAUGAGCCGCCGCUCGGCUCAGACUGCGGCGAGAGCUUUACUCUUGAUUUACCGGGCCAAGCUCAGGAUCAGCUUUUGAAUAUCGCCCGCGGUCUCAACCCAAACUACUGCCAGCCACCACUGGACUUUCUGCCCAGCUUGCGUGAUGACGUCGAUGAUUUGGAGGACCUUGGGUUUCCGCCUCCCCCCUCUCCUUUUUUCUCCGCCAUCUUGGCAGCGUUCCAACCCACAGUGUGCGACGACGCUGAAGAGGCGUGGCGUUGUCACGUCAGCCAGCUUGUGACAGAUUCGGACGGAUCCUGCGCCGUCUACACUUUUCAAGUCUUCUCGUCUCUCUUUAAGAACAUUCAGGGGAAAUUCUGCUCCUUGACAAAUGAUGUGGCCACAUACCUUGGCGAAGGAUUACGAGGCAUUGGGUCGAAGUUUCUGAAGUCUUCCCAGAUGCUGACCACCUGCUCAGAUUGCCCAACAAUCUACAUCGACGCCGACACUAUUAUGUCCUACGGUCUGCUGGAAAAGAUGAAGUUCAGUGCACUGGAGCUGCAGGAGUAUCUGGAUACGUACAACAGCAGAGAGGAUGCGGCUGUAUCGUGGCUGAGGAACUGCAAGGACACCUUUCCUAGAUGUCCCGUUGAAAACGUUGUUACCUGCCAACCUGGAGACUCAGAGGAGAAGCAAAUGGAAUCUCUUGCACAACUGGAGCUCUGCCAGCGGCUCUACAAGCUGCACUUCCAGCUGCUGCUACUCUUCCAGUCCUACUGCUCGCUCAUUGGUCAGGUUCACGCCAUCAGCUCCGUGCCCGAGCUGCUCAACAUGUCUCGAGAGCUCACGGGUUUGAAGAGCAGUCUGCAGGCAGCAGAGGCGGCCGUAGCCAGUGACUUGGAGCACAAACAUUUGGCCCACACCCACGCACACGCCGCCCAGCUGGCAGCCAUGGUCGUCCCUGACUUCCCCUCCUCUGAGGCAGCUGUGCAGGCCAUACUGGAAUGCCUCAGGAGCCACGAGUUUACCAAAGCUGUGCGCUACAUCCAGGAGUGCAGGAGGCAGUGGCCCAGCGGCGUAUUUGGCGGCAGCUCAGAGACCGAGGUCCAGACGCUGCUCAACAUCUACUUCCGCCACCAAACUCUGGGGCAGACGGGCACGAUCGCUCUGGUGGGCUCCCGACAAGACCUCAGCCUCAUCUGCUCCAAGCUGCUGGAGCUCAACGGCGAGAUCCGCGACAUGAUCCGCCGCGCCCAGGGUUACCGCGUCGUCACAACUUACCUCCCCGACUCCAGUGCCUCCGGGACAAGCCUCUGACAGGAGCUCAGGGGCCCCCUGCCCCCUCCCUCCCCUC